AUGAAGAAAACCGUGGUUCUCUACCCGGGCCUCGGCGCCGGCCACCUGAUUCCGAUGAUCGAGCUGGCCAAGGUCUUCGUCCAGCAUGGCGUCGCCGUCACCGUGGCGCUCGUGAAGCCGCCGUCCGAGCUCGGGGCCCUCGACUUCCCCGCCGUGGUCGCCUGUGCCGCGGCCUCCAACCCGUCCAUCUCCUUCCACGUCCUACCGGCGUCGUCGUCGCUGCCCGCGACCUCUGGUUCUGGCACCGGCUCCGGCUCCAGCUCCGACGAUGCUUCCAGCAAGAAGCACUACGUCCUCCAGAUGGUGGACUACCUCAAGACCAUGAACGCUCCGCUCCGCGACUUCCUCCGAUCGCUGCCCGCCGUUGACGCGCUCGUCAUCGACAUGUUCUGCCCCGACGCGCUCGACGUCGCGGCCGAACUCAGGCUGCCCGUCUACUACUCCUACGCCUCGUGCGCCGGGGACCUCGCUGUCUUCCUCAGCCUCGCCUUCGACCAAGACACCUACACAGCUUCCAUAGACGCUGGCGAUGCUACCCUUUCCUUGCCGGGCGCUCCUCUGUUCAAGGCGUCGGAUCUGCCGAGAGAAGAUGACAAGGACCUCGAAGCAGGCAAGGCCAUCCUCCAAACGCUGCAGCGGAUGGCGGCGUCCGACGGGAUCCUCGUCAACACCUUCGUGGAGCUGGAGAUGCGGGCGGUGCGCGCUCUGCGGGACGGGCUGUGCGUGCCCGGCCGUGACACGCCACCGGUCUACUGCAUCGGGCCACUGGUGUCCGGCGGCGGUGGGGAAAAGGAGCAGGAGUGCCUCCGCUGGCUGGACUCGCAGCCCGACCACAGCGUCGUGUUCCUCUGCUUCGGGAGCCGGGGCACGUUCUCCGAGAGACAGCUGAAGGAGGUCGCCGUCGGCCUGGAGAGGUCAGAGCAGAGGUUUCUCUGGGUGGUGCGCACCCGGCGCAUCGUCGACGAGGUGCUGCCGGAGCCAGACCUCGGCGCGCUCCUUCCAGACGGCUUCUUGGAGAGGACCGCGGGCAGAGGCCACGUGUUCAAGUGCUGGGCGCCGCAGGUGGACGUGCUGCGCCACAGGGCGGCCGGCGCUUUCAUGACGCACUGUGGGUGGAACUCGACGCUGGAGGGCAUCACGGCGGGGCUGCCGCUCCUGUGCUGGCCGAUGUAUGCAGAGCAGAAGAUGAACAAGGUGUUCAUCGUGCAGGAGAUGAAGCUCGGGGUGGAGAUGAGGGGAUACGACGGCGAGGUGGUGGCGGCCGAUCAGGUGGAGACAAAGAUAAGGUGGGUGAUGGAAUCCGAGGGUGGGCGGGCGCUCAGAGAGAGGGCGGCGGCGGCCAAAGAUGCGGCAGCCAAGGCGAUCCAGGAAGGGGGCUCGUCUCACGCUGACUUCGUCAGAUUUCUCCAGGAUCUUGACAACAUCUCAUCCCGUUCGUGA